AUAUCCGGAGCUAUCAUGGCUAUUGAACUUUAAAGCACUUGCACCUUGACAUACGCUGAAAAUUCUAUUAAAAUGGGCAAGAAAAAGAAGAUUUCAAGUAGGCCAGUUUCAACAGAGAGUACACCAGCAAAGGGAAAUAUAGGAGACACUAACAAAGUUCCAAAGAAAUAUGCAUUUGACUCAACAAAAGGAGCCUCUGCUUCAGACGAUCCAAAUGAUAAAACAGUAAAAAAGGUGAUUCUUCCAGUAGAAGAGGAGCAGGUUAUUGUUAACGAGAUCUUGAAGUACAAAGAAGCCAAUGACAGUGGAAGCACUGUGUCUGGCAGGCUCACCAACAAGAAACUUACGGAUUUAUACAAUGCCCUAGAAGAUGUUGGUUUUAAGCACAGUCAGAUAUGUGAUGCCAUGCGAAGUACUGUCAGCUAUGGGGGUGAUCUUCACUCUGCUUUAGAUUGGCUCUGUCUUAAUCUCACUGAUGGUCAGUUACCAAGUGGAUUCACAGAGAAAUAUGUCCAAGAUGAUGCAAAGAAGAAGAAGGAGAGGGCCAAGUUUGUUCCAGAGGAUGAAGGAAGUAAGAAAGAAAGGAACACAGCCAGACCUGAAAAGAAAAGUGUUGAUAGUAGCUCCACCCAAAGUAGCACAUCUAGCAAGGAGUGGACCAUGCAGCGAUAUGCAGAUAUGAGCAGUGACGAUGACAAUGACAGUCUCAAAGAUGAUGGACAGCCAGAUUCCUGGAAAAGAGAACCUAAUGAGUACUACAUAGAACUUACAGCUUUGAUGUUUGAUGCUCAAAACAAGGCUUCUGAGGCUAAGGUGAAUGGUGACAAGAAGAGGAAGAAAAAAGCAAGUGAAAAGAUUCAAGACUGCUUACGAAUCAUGGCAGAAGUUGAGGAGCAUCCACUGUUUGAUCCCAAAGUGAAAGUCCAAGAGAAGCCACGCCCUGAACCCAAACGCCAUGAUGAUGUUCAAGCCUCGUCAUCUUCAAGUAAUGUCUUAGAUGAUGAUGAUUCGGGUGGGGGAGCCUUUGCCUUGUUUGAUGCUAUGGAAGCUGAAGCCAAGUCUGCACCUUCACCUACCUCGGACACCUCAACUAAGAAGAAAACUGAACCCGCAGCUCCACCAGAUGUGAGAGAUUUUUCCUACACAAAGAAGGUGUGGACAGGGAAAACCCCCAAGCAAUUCUUGAUUGACUGGUGUCGAAAGCACUUUCCAAAGUCCAGCCCUCCCAAGUACCAGAAGAUACAAGCGCAUGGGAACCUAUGGAGAUGCAAAGUAACUGUGGAUAGACCUAAGCAGGAACCUCUGGUCUUCAGAACAGAAAUCCUGACCGAGAAUACAAUGGAGGCACAUCAUCUGGCCAGUGUGCAUGCUUUCUGGCAUCUUGCAAAGGGACAGUCUAUUCAGCAGCUGCUACCCCCACCAUAUCGUGAUGUAUGGCUGGAAUGGAUGGAUGCUGAGACAAAGGAGAAAGAAGAGACAACUGAAAGAAAGAAUAAGCCCAGGGAUCAGUUUGUUGGGCAGAUGCUGAAACAGAUCAAGGCAUCUCAAUCAAAAAAUAAUACCGAUCAACCAGAAAAGAAGAGAGAAGAAGGAGAAGGAGAGGAAGAUGGAGAAGAGGCAGAGAGCUGGGAGGAUGCUUGGGAUGAUGAAGAGGAGGAGGAGGAGGAGGAGGAGGCAAAUAAAAUGGAUGUGAAGAUUCGGCCAAACCAAGGAAAGGGACCAUUGGUGACCAACAGGACAUUGAAAACAAUCUUGGAAAAGAAUUCGAAUACAACUCAACAUGGACGAUUAUUGGAGAAAAGGAAGACUCUUCCUGUAUUCCAGCAUCGAGACCAAGUCUUAGAGCGUAUUUACAAAGAUUCCAUCGUCAUCGUGGCGGGGGAGACGGGGAGUGGAAAGAGUACACAGAUACCACAGUUUUUGUUGGAGGAUCUUGUUUUGUCUGGUCGUGGAGGAUCUGGUAGCAUUGUAUGCACUCAACCUCGUAGGAUCUCAGCUACUAGUCUGGCUAAGAGGGUCUCUCAAGAACUAGGAGAGCCUGGCCCUGGACACAGGGACUCCCUCUGUGGAUAUCAGAUACGCCUUGAGUCUAAGCAGACAAGUACCACUCGACUCCUCUACUGUACCACAGGGGUUCUCCUACGUAAGCUGCAGCUUGAUCCAUCACUAAAAGACAUCUCCCAUAUCAUCAUUGAUGAGGUUCAUGAGCGCAGCGUCCAGUCUGAUUUCCUGAUGAUCAUCGUGAGGAAGCUGGUGCAACAGAGAUCAGACCUGAAGCUUAUUCUGAUGAGUGCAACGUUAGACAGUCAGAAACUGUCUGCUUACUUCUACCAUUGUCCUGUUAUUAACAUCCCUGGAAGAACCUUUCCAGUUCAGGUGUACCAUCUAGAGGAUGUAGUGGAGGAGACAGAGUACCAGCUAGAGAGUGAUUCUAGGUAUGCUCUUAGAUACGAAUCAUUGGCACAGGAAGAUAAAGCAACUGUUUCUGUGACCUCAAAGGGUGGAGACUCUAAGCAAGUUCAGCUUUCUUGGGAAACAAAUGAUGUUGCUAACCUUGAUGAGAGUGGUUUGGACAUUGAAAAGUAUAGUAAGCGGACAAGACAAGUUAUUACAAGACUCAAUCCUGAUACAAUCAAUAUGGACCUCAUUGUGGAAUUACUGAGCUACUUAGAGCAGGUGCCAACAUUUAAAUCUGUUCAGGGCGCUGUUUUAAUCUUCAUGCCUGGCCUGGCUCAGAUCCAACAACUCUAUGAGAUGCUACAAGCAGAUCCAAACUUCUCAAAAACAGACAGAUAUACUCUCUUAGCUCUCCAUUCCGUGCUGUCAUCAGAUGAUCAGAGCGCUGCAUUUGGCAUUCCUCCACCUGGUGUGCGCAAGAUCGUCAUAGCAACCAACAUAGCUGAAACGGGUAUCACCAUUCCAGAUGUAGUCUUUGUCAUUGACGCUGGCAAGGUCAAAGAGAAUAGGUACAAUGAGCGUAGCCAGAUGAGCUCACUGGAGGAGAUGUAUGUGAGUAAAGCCAGUGCCAAGCAGAGACAGGGUCGAGCCGGUAGGGUGAGGGAGGGCUUCUGUUUCCGGCUGUACACCAAGCAGCGCUAUGAUGUCCUAAGGUCAUUCACUCAGCCAGAGAUUCAGAGGGUUGCACUUGAAGAACUCUGUCUGCAUAUCAUGAAAUGUUCCCUAGGCAACCCUGAAGAUUUCUUGCAGGAGGCCCUAGAUCCACCCCUCCCCCAGGCCGUGCGGGCCUCCAUGUCUCUCCUGAGAGAGGUUGGGGCGUGCCUGGCUGAUACCCCAACCCUGACACCCCUCGGACAGCAUUUAGCGGCCCUGCCAGUCAAUGUCCGCAUCGGCAAGAUGCUUCUGUUCGCUGCCAUCUUUGGCUGUUUGGAGCCAGUGGCAGUGAUAGCUUCAGCAAUGACCGACAAGCCACCAUUCCUAGUACCUCUAGGGAAACGCAGCCAGGCUGAUGCUGCUAAACGUUCAAUGGCUGUAGCCAACUCAGACCACAUCACCAUCUACAAAGCUUUCUCAGGGUGGAAGGAAGCUCGGAGUAAAGGAAGAUCUGCAGAAUCAAGAUUCUGCCAUGGCAAUUUUUUGAACAGAACAGCUCUCUUGAAUAUGGAGAACGUGAAGAGAGACCUCAUGCAAUUGGUCAGAUCCAUCGGUUUUAUUCCUUCACCAACCAAUAAUAAAUCUGCUUCUAACGCAUCAGCCAAGCAGCCGUCACUCUCAACCAAGAUGGAGGUUCUUGAGAUCAGCAAGACUGAAUCAUUAUAUGGAUACAAAGAUGCAUUCCCUCUGACAGCAUCCAAUACUGCCUUGCUCAAGUCUGUUCUUACAGCCGGUAUGUAUCCCAAUGUUGCCAAGACAACCUAUGACGCUCCUGCACAUGGUAUGAAGGAUGAUGAGAUAGUGUGUCGAGCUGAUACUACUAAAGGACCGGUAACAGUUCAUCCAUCAUCUGUUAAUCGUCACCUAGGCACCAAUGGAUGGAUGCUAUUCUCUGAAAGGGUAAAAUUGUCUCGGGUUUACAUCAGAGAGAGCUCACUCAUCACUCCGUAUCCUCUUCUACUCUUUGGAGGAGAGAUAGCAGUACAUCAUCGAGAACGCCUCAUCAGCGUAGAUGACUGGAUUCAAUUCCAGGCUUCAGCCAAAACUGCAGUCAUCUUCAAAGAGCUCAGACUACUACUUAACAUGUUCCUAGAGAAGAAACUUGCCAAUCCAGCCCUACAAAUACAAGAUGAGGAAGUAAUCAAAGCUCUACUAAAGCUGCUAAAGUCAGAGAAGGCCAGAUAGCAGGAAUAGUAGAACAUACUUACAAAAGGGGAGAAGGGUUAGAAUAUGUUUAUAAUUAUUCUCUCAACAAAACCAAGAUUGUAGAAACAAUCAAAAGUUAAAACAGACUUUGUCAAAAUGUAGUAAAUUUAUUUAUUUAUCUAAAUUUGGACAAUAAUAUUUAAGCCUGCACUUUUGUUACAGCAGUUUUAUCAAUGAGCUACAAUAUGUAUGCAAAUUUCAAUUAUGAGAGGAUAAAGAGUUGUAUUUUGCCAAUCUCAUUUUGUUAAAGCCCUGAUGUAACAAAGUAAUUUUCUUGGCCCCAAGUAUUUCGUUUUAACCAGAUUCUGCUGUAUAUGUGUGUACAGCAUGAUGAAUCAACAAAUUGUUUGUUUAGGCAAAAAUUGUGAUUAUCAAAGAAUAGAAUUUGUUUUUGUAAUCAUACUUUAUAUAUCGUGUCCUGACUAAUGAAGUUACUGAAAGUCUGAGAAUACAUCAUCUGUUGAGAGCCAGAGGGGUGUUAACUAUAUAUUAAAAUAUAUUUAAUAAAAUAUAUUUAUAAAUCUGGCUUCUAGCUCAUUUAUAAGUCUGGCUUCUGGCUCUUGAGCUCUUGUAUGGGAAUUGUAUUUUGAAAGAAAAUUGCUACGAUUUAUUCUGGAUUAUUAAUCCUGCAUUAGGUUGGUUGUUUCAACCAAUGAAAUAAAAACAAACGCACAAAAACUAACUGGGUAAAGCACAUGGUGUCCGGCCUACUUACUCGAAUUUCCUUAUCUCUCUCUAUGCUAAGUUUCUACCAACCAAACAUUGUUUAGCACAUGUUAUUUAUUUGUAAUCUUGAACAUUCAGUGAUGUAUCAGAUAUUUGAUAAUCAGUUCGGCAGUUCGGUAAGACAGACCAAUGUCAUUUUACCAUUUUGAGAAUCGCCAUCUUGAAAAGAAUUGGUUUAUAACCAAAGCCAGAUCACAUGAAUCAUUUUCAUCAUCUUCAUCAAAGGUCUUUUACUUUCGGACUCGAUGAUUUGUUUAAAUGAUGUGUUUCCCACUUCAUUGUUUUUGAGGGGGUGUUUUGUGUAGGUAAACCUACUAAAUUUAAUAUCUUCCAAGUGAUUAGUUUUGUAUAGGUAGCCAUCAGAUUUUGUCAAGAUAGUAAGAUUUUACAAGUGGGCAGUAGAAAAUUAGUCCUCAAUGUCUUUGCUCUCUUUGAUGGCAUCAUAUGAAGAAAUAAAAAAAAUUAUAAGAAAUGUAUGUGUACCGGAAAAAAGCAUGAUGUAAGAUUAAGCCUUCAUUAAAGAUGUACACAGUUUAAAACAUGAAGAAUAAAGAUAGACUUUAUUUUUGAAA